UUUUUAUUUGUUUCUUUCUUACGCUUAUGUUUUUGCUGCAGCCUCUCGCAGGUACAGAGCGAAUUUCGGGUGCUUGUAUACGCACAGCAUGCUGUGCCCGAGUCGCGGAGGCAUAUGAUAUUGCUGCUGAGUCAUAUGCACGCCAGUAAAGGAGCUUCAGUGUGCACACAGAGCGCUUUACAUGGCUGGAAUUUCAACUCUAUCAGAGGUUAAUGGCGCGUGUGAGCGCAGGACUGCGUUUCUCUCUCUCUCUGUGUGUGUGCGUGUGAGUGUGUGCGUGUGUGUGUGUGUGUGUUUUGAUGGGGGGGUGGGGGGCUAGAAUCUGCAGCCUAAACAUCGCGAUGCUACGAGAGUUGCAAGAAGCUUUUGGGUGAGCACGCCAGUCAGAGACAGAGAAGACAAGCAGAGGUGCUCUUGACACCAUCGAGGAAGAAACGGCGUUUCUUUUUAAUUUAACUUUAAUUUCCUCUGAUCCAAAGUCUCAUCUGGACAAGAUGGUUCUGACCGCGCUGAGCCAGUUCAGUUGUAAGGUGAAUGUUGACGACACCAUUGAAAUGUUACCAAAAUCAAGAAGAGCUCUCACUAUUCAAGAGAUUGCUGCGUUAGCACGAUCCUCCCUGCAUGGUAUUUCCCAGGUGGUCAAGGACCAUGUGACGAAGCCUACAGCCAUGGCACAGGGCAGAGUAGCCCAUCUAAUAGAGUGGAAAGGCUGGUGCAAGCCUAUAGACACUACAGCGGCCCUGGAAUCAGACUUCAACUCCUAUUCUGACCUCACUGAAGGAGAGCAGGAGGCACGCUUUGCUGCUGGUGUGGCGGAGCAGUUUGCCAUUGCAGAGGCUAAGCUGAGGGCCUGGUCCUCCGUGGAUGGCGACGAGUCCAAUGAUGACUCAUAUGAUGAAGACUACCUGCCUGCGAAUGAGCCCACCACACAGAGCACAGAUGUGCCAUCUUAUCCUCCCUACUUGAAGGACCUGAUCCACAGUCAGCUUUGCCAACACCUCGGCUUCCGAAGCCCCUGUUGCGAGAGUCGAGGUGGAGGUGUAGAGGGAGGUGGCAGUGGAGAGCCCUCCCCUACGGCAGGCUCUCCUGACACCCUGUGCUCCAGCCUCUGCAGCCUGGAUGAGCAGCACCCGCUGCUGCGCGACCUGGGAAGCCACCGCGGCACCCACUGCCACAGCAACGCCGCAGAGCUUGCUGCAAAGAUCCUGUCAGCGCUGCAUGGACGGGAGGAGCUGCUCCUUGCCCGACUUCAGAGGGUGGGGCAGAGUGGGCCUGGCGGGGGAGACUGUGGCUUCCAAAGCCUGGGAGUGGUAGGGCGGGGCAUCAGGCCCUGUGGGGGUCAGGACUCGCCUUGCUACUCAAUGUCUUAUUCUGACACGUACCUGUCACCAGGUGAGGAUGACGACACCCCCUGCAAGGACUAUGACAGCACCGUGUGCCAGGUGGAGGCGGAGCGCAACGGGGUGGAAUACCCGCCCGACUACGACCCUCGCAGGAGGGUGUCCGACGUGGCCUCCUCUGGUGUCGUUUCUCUGGAUGAGGAGGACGAAGAGGAGGAGGAGGAAGAGGAGAGGGCAGGAGAGCCAAACAACCAGUGACUCCUCUCUUCUCGCCUCAGUGUUGAAUCCCUCCACACCCUCCGAAAGACUCCCUCGCCCCCUUCAUGGCAUCUGAAAAAUGUCACACUUUGAGCAUGUUGGGUUUUUUUCUGUCUCUCCUUGGACCGAUUAAAUCAUCCGUCUUUGCCUUA